CAACACCCAGUAGUAUUAAUAAUUACCAGAUGUUUAAUAUAUUUAGCGAUGCACUGAAAAUCAUGUGGCGUUGUAAACAAAAUAUUAUGAUUAUCUGAACAUUUUGUCUAUAAACAAUCCGGGAAGUGAAUGUAUAAAUAAGAUUAUUUUGAAAAAACAUUGUGAUGCCGCUACUGAAUUAACAUCAAAACACAUUUUGGAAGUCUCGGUGAAAGAACGACAAAAUCAAAAUGAACACUGAAUUUGCGAUGUUAAUAAUCGCUGUUGUUACAUCAAUUGAAGUUAGCGCAAGUGAACCACAAUGUGCCUGCUCCAAGUUUCAUUAUGAGGAGCAGUUGUUAGAGAAAAUGGUGAGAAUGGAAUUUUCUUUGGAAAAUAUGAAAAAUGAGAUGAAUGAAGCAAAGAAUACCGUAAUUAAGACUGUGGCACAAUUCAAUAGUCUUAAAGUAGUUCUAGAAAAUAGUGCGGAACAAAAUUUAAAGAAUUCAAAAGAUAGCAUACGCCCCGCCUUCACAGCCGGAUUGUCCGCUCAUCUUACAAAGCUUGGAAAGAACCAGCCAAUCAUCUUUGACAACAUCGUGACCAACAUCGGACAAGCCUACUCAGAAACCACAGGAAUGUUCACUGCGCCAAAGAAUGGCGUUUAUUAUUUUAGUGCAACUGUAAUGAGUUUCUCUGGACAGCAACUGCGCACCGAGAUUGUUAAAAAUGGACAGUCUAUGGUAAAGACAUAUUCCAAUGACAAAGCUCACGAGCAGGGAACGAAUGGGGUUGUCUUACACCUGAACACCUCUGAUGAAGUAUGGGUUAGGCAUUACAUGGGUACAGUGGGUGAAAAUGUGUAUGGUUACCACUGGUCUACAUUUUCCGGUUUUCAAAUUUGAUAUAAUUAUCUUUCUUUCUUUUUUUUUUUUUUUUUUUUUU